UUUAUUUUGUAACGCGUACAUCCGGUUCCGGUUUCUGUUGCGACACGCUAGUAAACAACUAGCUAGCUGGAAGUUAGCUGCAGUAUAAAAUCGUGUACAUGUAAAAAAACAACAACAGCCUUUUAAUUUCUCUAAUCAUCGCGUUUACAGGUUUUGGAGUCCGUCAUCUUUCGGGCAGUUGGAAUUCUUGAUCCCUGUUUUGUGGCUUCUCCAGGCCCUGGAACAUCAUGCCACAAGAAGCUGAGACUAGCGCGGUUCAGGAAGGGGUCAUAGACCUCGAAGAACCCAAAAAAAUGACCCGAGAAGACUGGAGGAAGAAGAAGGAGCUGGAGGAACAGAGAAAGCUGGGAAAUGCUCCUGCUGAGGUCGAUGAGGAGGGAAAGGACAUCAAUCCCCACAUUCCCCAGUAUAUUUCCUCUGUGCCGUGGUACAUCGACCCUUCAAAAAGACCCACACUCAAGCACCAGAGACCUCAGGAGGAGAAACAGCUGGAGUUUUCAUCUAUAGGAGAGUGGUAUAAGAGAGGCGUACAGGAGCAAUCCGUCAGCACAAAGUACAGGAAAGGGGCGUGUGAGAACUGUGGGGCCUUGACACACAAGAAGAAGGACUGUCUUGAGCGGCCCAGAAAGGUCGGAGCGAAGUUCUCAGGUAUGGGCUUUGCCCCGGAUGAGCACCAACAGAUACAGCUCAGUAUGGAUUAUGAUGGGAAGCGAGACCGCUGGAACGGCUACGACCCAGAGGAACACAUGCGCAUUGUGGAGGAGUACGCCAAAGUCGACCUGGCAAAGCGCACUCUAAAAGCCCAGAGGUUACAGGAGGAGCUGGCUACCGGGAAACUGGACCACGGAGAGCGAGAGCACAACAGCGAAGACGAGGACGAGGACAAAUACGCAGACGAUAUCGACAUGCCCGGGCAGAACUUCGACUCAAAGAGACGCAUCACAGUGAGGAACCUGAGGAUCAGAGAGGACACUGCUAAGUACCUGAGAAACCUGGACCCGAACUCUGCUUACUACGACCCGAAGACGCGAGCCAUGAGGGAAAACCCGUACUCCAACACCGGCAAGAAUCCAGAAGAGGUGGGAUACGCCGGAGACAACUUCGCACGUUACACCGGAGAUACGAUCAGCAUGGCACAGACGCAGCUCUUUGCGUGGGAGGCGUACGAGAAGGGAACAGAGGUCCACCUGCAGGCAGACCCGACCAAGCUGGAGCUGCUCCAUCAGUCCUUCAGAGUCAAAAAGAAAGACUUCAAAGAUCAACAGAAAGAGAGCAUCCUGGAUAAGUACGGAGGUGAGGAACAUCUCGACGCUCCUCCACAAGAGCUGCUGCUCGCUCAGACCGAGGAUUACGUGGAGUACUCUCGACACGGAGCGGUUAUCAAAGGCCAGGAGAAAGCCAUCGCACGCUCUAAAUACGAAGAGGACGUCCUUAUCAAUAACCACAGCUGUAUCUGGGGCUCGUAUUGGAAAGACGGCAGCUGGGGUUUUAAGUGCUGCCACUCGCUGGUCAAACAGAGCUACUGCACCGGAGACGCCGGCAAGAAAAACGCAAACACGUCAUGCGUCCCGUUCGAAGAAGGGGUCGAAGAGGAACACGAGGAGGCGCCAAAGACUCUUUUAGAGAUGCACCAAGAAAAAAUGAAGGACAAGAAGAAAAAGAAGAAGAAGCACAAGAAGAAAAACGAAGACAGCAGCGACGAGGAAGACGAAGCCAAAAAGAAAGAGAAGCUGAAAAAGGCGCUGAGCGCAGAGGAGCAGCGACUGAAGCAGGUGGCUGAGAUGAUGCAGCUGGAUGAAAGGAAGAGACCGUACAACAGCCUGAAGGAGGUCCGCGAACCCACAGAGGAGGAGAUGGAGGCCUUCCGAAUGAAGCGUCCCAGACCCGACGACCCCAUGGCGUCCUUCCUUAAUCAGUGAUCCGGAACGUUCCUGGACAUUUUCCUUCCCUUUCUUCCCUCGUUUACACGUUUAUGUUAGCAAAACACACCAUGUUAGCAUGACGUAUCGAUCGUCUGUCUUCUAUCCUUUGAUUGUUUUUUGCACCAAUAUAAAGAUCUGAAUAAACACUUCUGAGUAAUA